AUGAACACGGAAAUACGCAGCAAAGACCUUGUUACUCAAAGACCCAGCUACUCUCUGACAGUCACCAUCAGACCAUCAGACCACCAGAUGGACAGGCUGUGUGUUGCUCUGAUUGCAUUCUUAUGUGAGUAACUUGUUUUACUGGGCCUUAUAGCUGAAUGAUUGCUGAUUUCUUGAUGUGGUUUUAUAGUUGACUAGAUUUGUUAUCUUAUUAUUGUGAUAUUGUGAUCACUGUGUUAAAGACACGAGGUUCAUCUUUCCAUGUGGAGAAGUUUAUGAUAUCAAAGUGACAUUCUGUGAUUAAUCCUAACACUGUUCCUCUGCUACCUGUAGGUGCUGUUUCCUCCAGUCAGUUCAUCCUAACACUGUUCCUCUGCUACCUGUAGGUGCUGUUUCCUCCAGUCAGUUCAUCCUAACAUUGUCCUCUGCUAACUGUAGGUGCUGUUUCCUCCAGUCAGUUCAUCCUAACACUGUUCCUCUGCUACCUGUAGGUGCUGUUUCCUCCAGUCAGUUCAUCCUAACACUGUUCCUCUGCUACCUGUAGGUGCUGUUUCCUCCAGUCAGUUCAUCCUAACACUGUUCCUCUGCUAACUGUAGGUGCUGUUUCCUCCAGUCAGUUCAUCCUAACACUGUUCCUCUGCUACCUGUAGGUGCUGUUUCCUCCAGUCAGUUCAUCCAAACACUGUUCCUCUGCUACCUGUAGGUGCUGUUUCCUCCAGUCAGUUCAUCCUAACACUGUUCCUCUGCUACCUGUAGGUGCUGUUUCCUCCAGUCAGUUCAUCCUAACACUGUUCCUCUGCUACCUGUAGGUGCUGUUUCCUCCAGUCAGUUCAUCCUAACACUGUUCCUCUGCUACCUGUAGGUGCUGUUUCCUCCAGUCAGUUCAUCCUAACACUGUUCCUCUGCUACCUGUAGGUGCUGUUUCCUCCAGUCAGGAUGGGAUCUCUGCAGCAGAGGUGGAGCUGAGAGUCAGACCAGGAGACAACAUCACUCUCUACUGUGACUGCAACAUAACUACUGGAGUAUACAUUAUGUGGUAUAGGAACUGUUCUCACAAGUACCAGCCGCGUCUUGUUAUUUCAACUACGAUUUGGCAUAACAACCCUUUCCCUGGAUAUAAUGUGGUGUGGAACCCCUCUAACAACUCCUAUGAUCUACUGAUUGAGAACAUCACUGGAUCUGACCUGGGACUCUACUACUGUGGGACUGUGGAGACUAACCUGGUGGAUGAAGGAAAACUAAUUGGAAAGAAAGAGGUCUACCACUAUGGAAACAUCACCACUAGGAUUUCACUUGGUAAGAACAAUUAUUAUUCUAUAUAUAGAUCUUCUGGCUGUAUCUUUAGUAUUAUUCAUAUUGUAUUAUUAUUGGUGUGUCUGGGUUCCUUGAAUGAGAGAGGUUCAGUUGUAAGGAAUGCCAAAGAAAAUGUAUGUUAUUUUGAAUCAAUCAUCCGAGGCUGAUCAAUAAAUAAUACAUAUAAUUAAAUAAUAAUUAAAACAUUGCCUCAAGAUCAUCUUUAAACAUCCAUUCAGCAGUAGACAAUCUAAGAAUGUAGUUCUGUUUGUGUUUAAUGUUUUGUCCAGACGUCAGUCCUCCUGAGUCCUCCUCCUCCUCUCCUGAUGUAGACUGUGGACUGUGUUGGAUGUUGCUGUUCAGUCUGUGUCCUGUGUCUGCUCUCCUCUCCUCUUCCUGUGUCUACUUCUUCUGCAGAACAACAGGUACACUCACUCUCUCACUCUCUGUCAGGAGUCACUUAGUCACUCAUUCAUUUUUUAAGUCUGGGUAUUCCUAAUCAACCUUUCUUAUUAUUCUAAUAAUUAGCUAUGUUUUUAACCUUCGUUUGAAAAGCAUCUUGACCACAAUAUGUAAACAUCUAUUUACUUUGAACUGAUGUGUCCUAGUUUGACCUCAAACGUGGUGUUUUAAUGGUGAGAACUCUCCCUCUGCAGCUCCAACUGAGACUCAGGUUCCUCUGAACAGGACUACGACCAGGGGAAGUGACAGCAGUGUGCAGACUACAGUCAAG